AUGGAGGAAUCAUCAAUUACGAACCCUUCCAGCAUCCAUGAUCAAAAAGAAUCUGAGCCUCCAACUACUGCCCCAGAAAUGAUAGAACAGGAAGUAACGACGCUGGUAUGUCCUUCUCCUCUACCUCUUACUGCUGCACCUGAAGAAGAAUGGGGACCAAUCCCGAAUGACAUCUUCCUCAAAGAUACUACUACGACUACCUUUGCUCCAUGGGGAUUCGUUACAGUGAUUCUGGGGAUACUUGGCCUGCUGUUGAUGUUAACAUCCAUAUUCUUUGGCUACCAAUAUAUGCAACAUGUCAAGCAAUCAGCUAGUCAGGUAGAUGGUUUCACCAAAGAAUUGGAGUCUUUCCACAACAAAGAAAAUUUCACUGGAAAACUGAAGAAAAUGCAAGAGGAUAUUUUAUGGAAUAUUAAAAUCGGGAUUGAUGGCCUUUUUGACAUUCUGACGACUAGGAAGAUAAACCAAGGUAAUUUUCCAGAACCUUUUCUGAAACACUGGAAGCAGUACAAAGAUAAUUGCUACCAGCAAACUCUUCAGGUUGUGUCUUGGUUUAACUGUCCUGCUCUUUGCAGCUCUAUGAAUUCUACAUUUUUACAAUCAGGAAACCAGAUGCUAAUGGAUUUCUUGAUGACAUUUACAUUAAAUGAUACCUGGAUAGGCAUCUCUUAUGACCAAAACAGUAAGAUGUGGAAGUGGAGAAAUGGCUCUUCUUAUCCUUUUCCAAAGCCACCAAAGCCAGAACAGAAUUUAAAGGAGUUAUGUCUGUAUAUAAAGUUAAACACCAUGGAUUCCUAUCACUGUAAUAAGACCUUGCCUUGUAUGUGUGAAAAAAAAGGCUUUCAGUGCUGA